AUGCCUUCACCACUGGCCCUGGGCCGCUACCUCCCUAGGGAGUUGUCCCCAUCAGUGGACUCUCGGCCCUGCAGCAGCCCCUCUGAGCUCCCAGGGAAGGCAGGGAAGCUCUUUCUGGGGAACACUCCUCCUCGGGCCCCCCGGCUGCCACGCCGGCUGGCCUGGUGUUGCAUUGACUGGGAACAGGUGCGCUUGCUACACAGGUUGGGAACUGGAGGGUUUGGUUCAGUGUACAAGGCAACUUACCAUGGUGUUCCUGUGGCCAUAAAGCAAGUGAGCAAGCAAACCAAGAACCUACGAGCAUCCCAGCGGAGUUUCUGGGCUGAGCUCAACAUCGCCAGGCUGCAUCACGACAACAUAGUGAGGGUUGUGGCUGCCAGCACCCGAACGCCCACAGGUUCCAAUAGUCUGGGUACCAUAAUCAUGGAGUUUGGGGGCAACAUCACUUUACACCAAGUCAUCUAUGGUGCCACCAGCUACCUUGAGGAGGAGGCAAGGGAGCCUCACCACUGCGAAAGAAAGCAGUUAUGUUUGGGGAAAUGUCUAAAGUAUUCCCUAGAUGUUGUAAAUGGCCUGCUUUUCCUUCACUCACAGAGCAUCGUGCACUUGGACCUGAAGCCGGCGAACAUUUUGAUCAGUGAGCAGGAUGUCUGUAAAAUUGGUGACUUUGGCUGCUCUGAGAAGCUAGAAGAUCUGCGAUGCUUCCAAACUCCUCCUUACCACCUAGGAGGCACAUACACCCACCAAGCGCCAGAGCUCCUGAAAGGAGAGCCUGUAACGACAAAAGCCGACAUCUAUUCUUUUGCUAUCACUCUCUGGCAAAUGACCACCCGGGAAGUGCCCUACUCCGGGGAGCAGCAGUACGUGCUCUAUGCAGUGGUGGCUCACAAUCUCCGUCCCUCCCUGGCAGCAGCUGUCUUCACUGACUCUGUCCUUGGCCAAAGGCUGGAGAGUAUCAUUGAUUGCUGCUGGAGGGCCCUGGCUGUGCAGCGACCCAGUGCAGAGCUCCUUCUGAAGGACCUGAGCUCUCUGAACAAGCUCAUUGCAGUCGACUCCAAGCCUGUAUCCAGAUAA